AUGUCCGCUGACGCCUCAGCAGGAGCGACUGAGGACCAGCGAGCCUCGCUAACUUCCCGAGUCCUCCCUAUGAUGACCUUGUCGGAGGGUUCAAGUCCACUCACUCGCCCCCUCGCUCCAAUACCCUCAACAUCUGCUCGUGAGCGAGCGGAAGCACGAUUCCAAGUUCAGGGAAAAGCUAUAGUCACCGGCGGAGCAGGAGCACUUGGCCUGAUUUCUGCACAGGCUCUCCUGGAGCACGGUCUUUCCUCACUAUGUAUUAUGGAUCUCCCCAGAACCUUGGAGACAUCAUCAGAAGAAAUCCAAUCACUAGCAUCAAAGUUUCCCUCUGUCAAUAUAACAAAAGUCCCCUUGGACGUGACAUCAAUCGAGUCCAUCAAAGCCGCAUUCGAGCAGGCAAACAAAACAAUGGAAGGCAUCGACAUCCUCUGCUGCUUCGCUGGGAUCCCCGGUUGCCAACCAUCCCUCACAGUAACACCCGACCAGUUCAGCAAAGUGAUAGACGUCAACCUGAACGGAUCUUUCUUCUGCGCACAAGCAGCAGCAAAAUGCAUGGAAUCCUCAGGUAAAGGCGGGUGUAUCUUGUUCACUGCUUCGAUGUCGGCCCAUUAUACCAAUUUUCCGCAGCCGCAGGCUGCUUACAAUGCGAGUAAGGCCGGAGUUGCGCAUCUGACUCGAAACUUGGCUGCUGAGUGGGCUGUUCAUGGGAUCAGGGUGAAUAGUAUUAGUCCCGGGUAUAUGGAUACAAUUCUUAAUGCUGGUGAUAGUUUGGCGGAUGUUAGGAAGAUUUGGGAUUCUCGUUGUCCGAUGGGCCGGAUGGGGGAUCCUGAGGAGAUUACCGGGGCUGUUGUUCUUCUGUGUAGUCAGCGUGCAGGACGGUACAUUACUGGUACUGAUAUUGUUAUUGAUGGGGGGACUUUGACACUAUGA